AUGUAUUGGUAUUUGCAACAGAAUCGCAUGCAAUUUAGUUUUGUGCAAUUCGGAAAAUUGUUAUGAAAAGUCCAAUCAACGGAAAAUGUAACAUGAAAAUCCCACAAAAUUAACAACCUGUAAAAUAAAACAAAAUGUUUUGUCCCACAAUGGCAAUUGACAUUUACAGUGAAUUAAAGUGAGUAGGGGAAAAUACAAACACACAAACAGCAAAUAAAAACAAAUGAAAUAAAAUAAAGCAAAAAGCAAGCGGAUCGUAUCGAAACGUUGACCAAAACAAACGGCAAAAACAAUGUAAUUGUUGAAAUGUAAAUCGCCGCGUGCAGAGCAAGCAAAAAUAAUAAAAAAAAAGUUAAACAAAAGGAAAACAUCCAACAAACACACCACAAAUAAUAACCAGUGAAAAGGGCGAGUGAGAAGUGAGAAAAAUUAGUGAAAAUAUAGCAGUUGUUGUUGGGGUCGGCCGGUAGGUGGAGUUGAAUCUCGCCGAAUAAUGCGGCAUUUAAUCAUGACCCCGGCGUCGCUGUCGGCAUCGACGCCGACGCUUUCCACACUCCAUCAUCAGCGUAUGGCGCUGCAGUCGCAGUCGUCUCUGCAGUCGCCGCUAACGUCGGCAUCACAGUCGCCGUUAACCCCAUCGCCAUCGUUUUUUGGCUCGCCCAAGUUCCCAGCGAAUUACGAGCGCAGCGACAAAAUAAAACUCAAAAAAGUCCUGGGCCUGACUGUGUGCAGCAAUGCGGCUUUGGAUGUGUCCCCAGUCAGCGGCCUGCUGGCAUAUCCAGCUGGCUGCACCGUGGUGCUAUUCAAUGCCAAGCGCCAGACACAGGCCUACCUGGUCAACACCUCCCGCAAAGCAUUCACAUCCGUGGCCUUUUCACGCUGCGGGCGAUAUGUGGCCACCGGGGAAUGUGGCAUAAAUCCGGCCAUCAAGGUCUGGGAGCUGGAGACCCCAAAUGGAGCACUGGAGCACUGCAGCGGUGGCAGUGUGGUGGCUGAAUUUGUGGAUCACAAAUAUGCCGUCACCUGUGUGGCCUUUUCGCCCACGGGCAAGUACCUGGUAUCGGUGGGCUCGCAGCAUGACAUGAUUGUCAAUGUGUUUGAUUGGCGGGCCAACCUUAAGAUGGCCUCGAAUAAGAUUAGCUCCAAGGUGGCAGCAGUAUGUUUCUCCGAAGAUGGUGGUUACUUUGUGACCGUGGGUAAUCGUCAUGUUAAAUACUGGUAUUUGGAAGGAGGCAGAAAGUACAAGGAUCCCAUUCCCUUGAUGGGACGCAGCGCCAUUUUGGGUGAUUUGCGGGACAACGACUUCUGUGCGGUGGCCUGUGGCAAGGGUGUGUGUGCGGAGAGCACGUAUGCCAUAACGCGGCAAGGCCAUCUGGUGGAGUUCAGUUCACGCCGCCUGCUGGACAAGUGGGUGCAGUGCCGCACCACCAAUGCCAACUGUAUUUGCGUCAACGAGCGCUUCAUACUCGUCGGCUGUGCCGAGUCCAUUAUCCGCAUCUUCAACGCCGAGACGCUGGAGUACGUGACCACGUUGCCACGCACCCACUACUUGGGCGUGGAUGUGGCCCAGGGCAUCCAAAUAAACCAUAUUAUGUCGGUGCCACAGCAGGCCAAGUUUCCCGAUUGCAUCGCCAUGGUGUUUGACGAGCAGCGAUCCAAGGUGAGCUGCGUUUACAACGAUCAUUCGCUGUAUAUUUGGGAUCUUCGUGAUAUCUCACGUGUGGGCAAAUCGCACUCGUUCCUCUAUCACUCCACGUGCAUUUGGGGCGUGGAGACUGUGCCAUAUAAUGUGGAGCGGGAGCCAUCGCAAACACUGCCGGAGGAGUGCUUUGUCACCUGCUCCUCGGACGAUACGAUUCGUGUUUGGGGUCUGGAUGGGUGUACCAAUAAUGAUAUUUACCGGAAGAACAUUUACUAAGAGCUGCUAAAGAUCGUUUACAGCGAUGAGGAGUUGCAGUUCAUCAAGGAUCAGGGUUCAUCGUUGUUUGAUAAGGCAGGGAAUUCCUCUUAUGAUGGCAGGAAUGGUGUGCGUUGCAUCAAAAUCAGUCCAGAGCUACAGCACUUGGCCAGUGGAGAUAGGUGGAAUAUUCGGGUAUAUAAUCUGGUUAACCUGCGCCUGCUGACCACCAUUGAAGCCCAUGAGUCGGAGGUGCUGUGCCUGGAAUAUUCCAAUGACAAGAUCGAGAGAAAGCUGCUGGCCAGUGCUAGUAGGGAUCGCCUUAUCCAUGUCUUUGAUGUGGCCCAGAAUUACCUGCUGCUGCAGACGCUAGACGAUCACAGCUCCUCGAUUACCUCCAUUAAGUUUGUGGGCGCCGGACUCAAUUUCCAGAUGAUAAGCUGCGGUGCUGACAAGUCAAUUAUGUUUAGGAGUUUUCAGGGUAACAUCUUCAUGCGGGGUACCAACACCUCUGGGAAGACAACCCUCUACGACAUGGAAGUAGACUCGAAUUCCAAGCACAUUCUGACCGCUUGCCAGGAUCGCAAUGUGCGCGUCUAUGGCACUCAGAAUGCCAAGCAGACAAAAACCUUCAAGGGUUCGCACUCGGAUGAGGGCAGUCUGAUCAAACUCAGUCUGGAUCCCAGUGGCAUCUAUGUGGCCACCUCUUGCACGGAUAAGACCCUGGCUGUCUACGAUUACUACUCCAGCGAGUGCAUGGCAAGGAUGUAUGGACACAGUGAGCUAGUCACGGGUCUGAAAUUCACCAACGACUGCAGGCACUUGAUAUCGGCGAGUGGCGAUGGCUGCAUCUUCAUUUGGCAGGUGCCCCACGAUAUGAUUGUGACCAUGCAGGCACGGAUGUCACAGCAGCGUCUCCGAUCGGGUCAUGCUCCGUUGCCCCGUCCACUGGCUCCGCUUUCGCCACAGGACGGCAUAGUCAUUGAAUCACCGACCAGUGAAAUGGAGCAACCCAAGUUCGGGGUAACCGAGCGCUUCUCGGACGUGGGUCAACUGCCACAGUGGGCGAUGAGAAAGGCAGCUGGAGACUCGGAUAGCGGCGCUCUAUCCAUACCCACACCCAGCGCAGGAGGUGGGUUGGAUCCCAUUUGCCGGGCCCUACAGGCUGCCUCCUCAAUGGGCAAUCUAAGCUCUUCACCGAGUCAACAGCUCUCGGGAAUGGCACCCAGACCCCGUGGGAGAUGGUCCCAGCGUAGCAGUCAGUUGGAAACCGCCGAUGACCUUCGAUCCAAUUCGGAGAGCCCCCUGGGCACGGUUUCCUCGGUGGGUGGUCAUAGUGGCGUAAAUGUCCAGACAUCUGAUUAUAACAGUGCCUCCUCCAAGGACAUUAUGUAUAAUCAAACCUACUUGAGUGAGGACUCCUCCAUUGAUUCCGGAAUGGAGACCCGAAGGGGCGAACUCAAGUUUAUUGGCAGCAGCAACAAUGGAACCGUAGUCACAGUGUCCUCCGUUUCCUCGUUGGCUGUGUCUGCCACCAAUGGUGCCAUUACAGCUGGAUCCGGUGGGUCUGGUCAGCAGCAACAGCAGCAGCAGCAGCAGAGACUCCAGUUGCCGGAUAAACGGAGUAAGCCAGGCCUGCGCUUUGAUACCCAAACCCAUGAUCAUGAUGGCGAUGUGGAAGACAUCUCAGAUGGAGAGAGAACAAGCUCAGAUCAUGGCAUGUUCUACAAUAACCUGGCACCCAGCACGCCAACAGACUUCAAGGUGACGGCCAUGAAUGAGGAGGAGUUGCGCAAAUCAAUGCGCCGAUCAAAGUUCGAAAAGUCAGGCCUUCAGCUGGCCACCUCGGGUCUUAGCGGAAAUGGCAGUUCGCAUACGGCAAGCACCGGAACCGGAACUGGAACCUCAGACACCGAGGACGAAGGCUCCACGCCCAGUGCCGAAAAUGCCGAACGUUCACUGGCCUCCACGCUGGGCGGUAGCUCGGAAAAUCUGCCACAGAGCAACAAUAGCUUCCUGCAUGCUGCUCUGCCAGAGGGACCGGGAUUAACCUCGCCCAUGGAAAGGGGCACAAGCAGUCGACGCAGCAUCAGUGCCAAGCACAACACGGAGAAUGGAAAGAGUGUGGCGGCACCGCCCACAAUUACCAAAUCGUAUACGAGCACCAAGAAGGAGGAACUGCUGCAGGUCAUCAACAAGGUCAAGCAGCAGCUGGAGAAUGGUACCCGCAAAACUGGCAACCAAAGGUUGAAUGCUAUAGUCGAGGUAGGCCAUAGACCCCUUCGGGGAAGCCAUAGCAUAUCGGACCUAAGUCUGGCUGCCAAUUUGGAUGGCUCAAGGAGCUCGGGUGGCGGUGGUCCAGGACGUUAUACCAAGCCAGUUGCUUCCCAUGACACUUUGCAGUAUAUUAGUACCCAAAAUCCAACAACGACAGCAGCAGUUGCUGCUUCAGCAACUCCAAAUCCACAUCAGCAGCAGCAGCAACAGCAGCCGGCUAAGGAGCAACAUCAACAGCAGCUGCCACAUCAGCAAUACAUUCCCGCUGCCGCAUCUCAGCAAUUUUUCAAUUGUGCUGCCCCCAAAUCCAAGUUGCAACAAAACUUCCAGACAAUGCGACAGGUUCAACAGCAUUAUCCUCCCUAUCCCCAUCAUGUGGGUGUCCAUCAGAUACAUCCACCGCCUGGGGUACCCUUUGCUGGCUCCUCAUCUGCAAUGCAGCAUCGCCAGCAACAUCAUCAUCAACAGCAGCAGCACCAAAACCAGCAGCAGCAUCAGCAGCAACGACAGCAGCGAGUGAAAAGGAAUCCUGCUGGAAAUAAUAGACGUACUCCUAGUAUCUUAAAGCACUACAAAUCCUGUCCAGUGUCGCCGGUGCACGAGGAGGUGGAGUGGUCCGCCGAGGGCAAUGAAAGAGGUUGCCUUCUGGGUGAAACCAAGAGGCAUUCCGUUUAUGCUGAUGAUGCCAGAACCAUUUUGGACAUGAUCCAUGCGGAUACGGAAAAGAUGAUAGAUGAAAUAACCAGAAAGUAUGGAGAUCUCGAUGAGCCCUGCAGCAUACCGGCUUCCUAUUCCAUGCCAGCGAACCUCAGGGGAUUGGGUGGCCUGGGCUCCACAGGUGAUUCCACGCCAACUGGCAGGACAACUCAGUAUUAUGUUUACAGGGAGUUCUAUCAAUGUGAGCGAAAGGUCUCUCUUUCGGAUAUAUUGCAACCAGAACAAUUUGCGGCAAGCCAGAGGAGAUUGGAUGAGGCAAGAUUCCUGGAGACGCAACGCCAUUCCAGUGCCAGCUUUUUCCUCACUGGACAACAGAGUCAGGAGUCCCUGUCCCUACUCUCCGAUGGCGAUGGAGCUGGUAGUUAUUGCAACAGUCUGGAGAGUGUUCUCUCCGACGAGAGUGAUUGCCAGAGUGCUCCGCUUGAGUAUCCCCAAACGGCGGUGACUCAGGUACUCCAGCAACGACACGCUGGCAUCCGGAACUUUAUCAUCCAUGGGCCAGUGUCAAAGUCGUAUGGGAAUAGUCCGAAUGCCUAUGGCAGUUUUGAUUACUAUAUGCGACAGCAGCAUCAUGCAACGACCACUGCCACGGAUAGCUUCGAUGUCACUGGCUACAACCUAGAGCCUCUGAAGCCACUGCCCAGCUCAAAGACCUAUCCCAGAAUAGCUCAGGUUCAGGCCUCCGAAAAUAUACCCACUUUGCGAUCGAAGAAUAAGCAAUAUAACUCAGGUGUUAACAAAUCGUUGAGUACGGAUUUCGCACAACAACGACAGCAAAGGAACUCGAAUCCCAUGCAAUCGGGUGACAACAACAUGAUGUUUGUGAGGAAACCCCUCAAACCCAAGCCACCGGUUCCAGCGAAACCCCAGAAUCUGGUGAGCACCUUGAGCCACAUGGAAAAGCAACAGAAGCAGCAGCAGCAGAAGGAGCAACAGAAAUCUCAAUCCCGAACGGCCAGUGUUGUCCGACAAUUUGAGCAUAAUUUGCAGAAAUUCGAGAAGGAGAAGCAAAGGGAACGAGAUCAUCAGCAAAGGAGACCAACGGCAAUGAGGAGUUCAGUGAGCAGUGGAGCUCUGGCCGGAGGAGGAUCCGGUACAGGCACUGGCACCCAGAGUUGCCUCAAGAAGGUCUCACGUUUCGAUACCAGUGAAAGCAGUCGUCGUGCCACAAGUGUGAGGCAAAAGAACAGGCCAAAGAUCUCUGUGCGUUUCAAUACUGUCUCCCAAAUCAAGUAUACGCCCAGUGCCAAGAGGGAGAGGCAGCGUCAGGCCAGAGAGGCAGAGGAGGAGGAGGAAUCUCCACCAGAACUGGAGGUAGGAAGCCUGCCCAGUGACUACGGGGAGCGUAGUUUUGAAAUGUAUUUCGCGGAGAAUGGAAAUGCUCCCGAGAAUUUAGAGAAUAUGCAAACUCUCAAGCUCUACACGAAGCCUCAGCUCCAGGCGGUGGUCGAUGAAAUCCAGCAGGAGCGUGAAAAGUACCGGAAAAACCUGGACAAUGCAGGUAGAAUCAGUGGAAAAGGUGGAUCCACCAGUCACCAAUGCCAGAAUAUAGCCAAAAAGAUUGAUAUUAGAAAGUUAAUUGAAAUGGAAGAACGUAAAAUGGAACAAAUACGUUUGGCCACCGAAUCACGUCUGCGACCCUUCAAUUGCAAUGCCAAGGAGAAGGGUUAUGUGAAGAGUUUGACCAUGAAUUUCGAUAUGCUGGCCCGUGGAGAAGAACCUGCCGAGGAUGAGGACCUGACCUCCAAAGAUGCCUCUGAUCUGUGUGCCUAUGCCAGGAAUAUGCGAAGAAAUUGCAGUUUACCAGAUGUCCUAGAAAGCACGGAUUUUACCGGAAUCUAUAGCAGUCAGGAUGUGGAAUUGGCCAAAGAAGUGCGAGCCGAUGAUGAGGGACGUGAUGAACCUGAAAUUCCAGCUGCCGAAAGCGAGGACAAAGGACCAUCAACUGUUGUUUUAAGGAUGGAGCCAGGCAAUCCCAAAACGAUUAAUCCCAUGCCCAUCGAGGAGUCAUCCAUACGCCGCGCCUGCUCGCUGAGUGACCUGCACAUGGGCAACUUUGGCAAGCCUGGAAAAUCAAGUGGAGGCACGCCACAAAAGCCUCAGGUUCAGCACCGAAAUGGCAACAUCUCACGAUCAGCCAGCAAGAGGAAUAGUCUGCAGGGCAAGACAGGAUUGGGUGCCUCCAGCAACUCCAUGAAUGUACUCAAUCAGGGUAGCGACUCAGAGCCCGAGGACAGCAAUCGUUUGCGCAGUGCCAGCAAUGGACAGGGUCGUAGUAAUGGACCUAUAGCUGCCAAUCGUCAGUACAACAACAAGAUUAAUAACGCCAAUAACAAUCGUCGCAAGACGCCAAACUUUAGCAGUGCCACACCACAAAUGCAGGACGACUCUAGCUCUGAGGAGACGCCCAAUAAUACGGUCAACAAUAAGCCAAUUGUGCCACCAAGACCAAGGAAUCUGGGCUUUGAUCACAAGAGCAAGCUGCUUGGCAGCCCCAUUGGUAAUGCCAACAAACAGAGGAGCGGUGUGACUUCCAUGGAGGAAUAUGAGGGAACAGAUCCCGAAGCCCAAGUGCACAAUGUGAUUAACAAAUUAUAUACGACAACACAGGCAGCCAUGCAGCUGCAUGCGAAUCUAAAGAACUCACUGCUACUGAAGGAAUUAGAGAAUGCUUUGAUCAUGUCCAGGAAUAUGCUAAGCAGCAUCACCACAAAUCGACAAGCAGAAAAGACAAACAAUGGAGUCGGAUCCGGAGUUGGACCGGGAAUGGGAAUGGGAAAUACUGGGGGUGGACUAAACCACGAUCAGCUGAGCGCUGACAAUGGAGACUAUCUGAUGAUGGUCAAUAACUGUGCCGAUCUUUUGAGCAAUUUACGCACGAAGCACAAACCCGAUGACUGUGAGAAUAACUCCUAGUGUGUAGAGCUUUAGGAUAGACUAAAUGACUAAAUGCGGGGACGACUAACCAACACCAACACCUAUUUAUUUAACGAAACACACACAGACACACACACGCUGAGGAAUCAAGGAAGCAACCAAUAACUAAUUUGUAAUUAAUUAAACAUUCACAGCUAAUGUACAUUUUUUUUGUUUUAGUAAUAAGUCCCUAAGAUUUUUUGCUGUUUCGUUUAUAUAUAUAUACAUUUUUGUGUCGUGUGCGUGUUGCAUUUCUUUUAACAUUUAAUUUAUAUGGCAAUAAAAUGCGUGUUUAGCUUGAAUUAAAUUCUGUAAAUGUUAAGUUUAAUAAGCCGUUUUUUGUACGUGUUAAGUGUUAUUUGAGUUUAAGGCGAAGCGAUGAUGAAACGGAAUAUCCAAGCGAAUUGUUAUAAAGUGCGCUUAGUCCAUAUGCCUACUUUGUGUAAUUUUUGUUUAUUUCUCUAUCUUCGCCUUUUGUUUGAAUUCUAUUUGAGAUUGUAAAAGACAAAGGAGAAGAAGAACAAGAGAAUGUUGUGUCAAAUUUGAAUAUUCCAAAAUUCCAAUUUAUAUCCAAAAAUACUAUGUAUGUAUGCCUACUCUCACAUUAUCACUUAUGCCACAAAUUAUGAUCAGAGAAAUGCUUAUGAAAUGUAUUGGAUUUUUCAUCUGCGAGUGAGAAACAAUUUGAAAGAUUUCCAAACACACACUGUUCUCUGUAAUAAAUUCUCUAUUAGUUAA